CCUGGCUCCCGCGAGCAGCUCGCGGGGCGGCUCUGGCAGGCGCCAGCCCUCGGGCCGGGGCGGAUGACCAGGCGCUUGUAACCACCCGUCGCCCUCUCCCGGCCCGGCGCAGACGCCGCCCGUGCGCGAGUCGCCCCGAGAUCCGGCACAGGUUGAAGAAAUAUGGAUACCAACACGAAACUAGUCAUCAGCAUUCUUUGUACCAGCUUUUUCACCUUUCAGCUUCUUUUCCACUUUGUAAGUUACUGGCUUUCAGCAAAAAUUUCUCCAGGUUUUAAUAGUCUCAGCUUCAAAAAGAAGAUUGAAUGGAACUCAAGGGUAGCAUCUACAUGCCAUUCCUUGGUGGCUGUGAGUUUUGGCCUGUACCUUUUCUUUUUUGAUGAGGCUACUAUAAUUGAUCGACUUUGGGGUGAUCCAUCACUUGUGAAAAUGAAUAUUGCUAUUGCUUCAGGCUACCUCAUUUCUGAUUUGUUGAUUCUCAUUUUGUAUUGGAAAAUGAUCGGUGACAAAUUUUAUAUAAUUCACCAUUGUGUGUCACUGUAUGCCUACUACUUAAUACUGAAAGAAGGAGUGCUGGCGUACAUUGGAAAUUUUCGCCUGCUUGCAGAGCUUUCCAGCCCUUUUGUGAAUCAGCGGUGGUUUUUUGAAGCUCUGAAGUAUCCAAAGUUUUCCAAAGCUAAUAUCAUCAAUGGAAUACUCAUGACGGUGGUGUUCUUCAUUGCACGGAUUGCCCCAAUACCUCCUUUUUAUGGCUUCAUAUAUUCUGUGUAUGGAACAGAACCCUUCAUAAGGCUCGGAUGUUUAAUUCAGUCUUCCUGGAUCGCUACUUGUGUUGUUUUGGAUAUGAUGAAUGUCAUGUGGAUGAUCAAAAUUACAAGAGGGUGCAUCAAAGUCUUAUCUCUCAUCGGACAAGAGGAAGCCAAAAAUAGCCUUCAGAAUGGGAAACUUGACUAAAAGUGUGCUGUUGAUAAGCGAACUUCAUUACUACCCAGCAUUCUGUCAGCUGAUAGGAUGAAUUCUUGGCAUGUUCUUGUUCUUUAUUAAUUAUAAUUGUUAUUCAGGGUUUCCGUGUCCUUUUUUUUUUUUAACCUGUAGAAAAGAGAAACUAAAAUUUAGUUUUUGUUCCAAGAUUUCUUUUCUGCUUUUCUUCUUCAUUAUAGGCAUGGAUAAAAGCUUAAAGGUUUAAAUAAAAAAACAUAAAUAUAGUCGUGAAUCUUUUCAGAAAUCUUUUAACCUGCAUUGGUAUUUUUCUCUGUGUAAAGAUGACUAUGCUAAUUUGAUGCAUUUGAUUUUAUGUCACCAAUUUUGCUAAAAGAAUGGGAACUGCUUUUAAAUCUAUAAAUAGCUCUCAACAUUUUGUUCUGCUACACUCUUUUCUUACUAUGACUGUCAACAC